AUGAAUCCUUCUCUCCUACCUGAAUCCUUUCCCAUGGACUGCCCCGUUACUACUGAGCGUGACUACAUCAGCUCCCAUGUGACAGGGUUCUCAGACGAGGACGACAAUCAACGAGUCGGAGGGCUCGCCUCCAUGCCUGUCACCAACGGCGUGCGGUACCACACACAGCAGCCUGCGAUGCAGGACUUACAUUACCCUAGCUCUUCGGCUCUUGCUAUGACCCCUCCAGAUUCUGUUUCCGAUUCCUUUUCUCCGACAUCUGGUCCCAUUUUCCCAUACCUGCCUCAACAGCAGCAUUCAUUUAAUCGCAUGAACGAAUUUCCACGAGGACUAGCUCUUCAGCCUCCAAUUGGCAUGUCUACUACUAUGCAGGCCCCGUCACACGCCGUUAGCUCCAUUCCAACCCUAAUGGGACGAAACAACACCUACUCAUCUUCCUAUGCCUUGCACCGUGGUAUAGGAAUAUCCCUAUCAGGAGUUAAUGAUGUUUCUCGCUCCCACCAAUAUUCAGGCGCUCCCCGAACCCUAGAUGGUCUAGAUCGCCCCCAGACCAUGUUCCAGCAGCCGAUGGUAGAAUUGUCACCACGAUCCCAACCACAAUUUGAAGCACCGCCAUUCAACGAGACCAACAUUCUCGAGUCCAUCGUCGCAGACUUUGGAAGCGCCCAACAGGUUGUCAAACCUGACAUUCAAGCGAAAAUCGGACGGGGCUUCUUCGCAUCCGAUGGCAAAUGGACAUGUUACCGCCGUAACUAUUUCGCUGUAACCUGCAGCUUCAGUCUCCACCCAUGGACUUCCACAGUACCUCUCUACAUCAGACACGAAGGUGGAGCCCUAACUCCAAUCCGCGGAUUCCAAAUGUCCAUCUCCGCCAUCGUGAACGAACAAUACAAAGAAACCCGCGAACUGGUCCAGCACACUCCGAAACGAGACAAGCAAUCCGAGCGAAAGCCAGGCCCAGUAUCCCUCCAGCCCGCCCCUCCCCCAUCCCUAGCCACAGGCUCAACAGGAAACGGCCACUCAAACUUCCCCCUUAACUCCCAGUCCCUAGACUACAACUCCUCUUUCUCAGGCGGUCCCCAACCCUGCUCCCCACCAACCUCCCACAUGUUCGAGCGCAUCCAAUUCCAAAAAGCAACCGCCAACAACGGAAAACGUCGCGCCCAACAACAAUACUACAACCUCGUCGUAGAACUCCGCGCCGAAAUAACUGACCCAGUCACCGGCGAAUCAGAACAAAUCCUGAUCGCCCGCCGCCACUCCCACCGAAUGGUCGUCCGAGGCCGCUCACCUGGCCACUACAAAGACGGCCGCCGAGACAGUGCAGCCAGCAUGGGCCCGGACGGAAGCAGCGGCGAUGGCAAUAGCGGCUUACCUCAUGGAAUGGGGCAAUCGACACGUUCGCACCUGAUGAUGUACGACACCGCUCCUGCUCACCGGGGCGCACUUCCCUAUGGAAGAACAGAUUAUCGUCAGAUGCCGACGGCGGAGCAUUCGCAUUCGCCACUGAGUGAUAGUCCGCUUGUUUCUUCUUCUUCUUCGUCGGGUUUUGAUUAUUCUAUGAUUAAUGAUACGAUGGAUCCGAUGGAUACGCUGAAAACUUCGCCAACGCUUGAUUAUCAGGAUCCUUUUACUGGGAUUCCGCAUCACCAUCGUCCUAGUACUGGUGGUUAUGAUCCCGUUUAUUCGACAUCGAAUUAUGGACGUUACGACCCGAUCCAGAAUCCACAUAGCUUGUGCACUUAG